CAGUGUUUAGAACUACCUGUGUGUAUUUGUGUGUACUCUGUCAAUGCCAUGUAGUCUUGCCACCACCAUGUGGUGCCAUAGAUCUAGAAUCUCUUCAAUAUGGAGAUCUUGGGUAUCAGCGCUAAUCUUCUUACAGUCACUCCACCUCUUUAUCAGCCGUCUGCCAGAGCUCAGUGAAUGGACUGAUAUUCUACUUGAAUUCAGUAUUAGGGAAACCUCAGAAUGUAUAAAGCUUACUUGGAAAAUAUAUAUGAACAGGACAGUGAAUCUCUAUCCUCCUCUUUCUGGACUGACCAGGAAAGUGAAGAUCUGGGAGAGUUUUGUGUAAACAAUGACGGGAUUGAGACAGAGCUUGGAAUCGACAAGCCGGAAGUUAGCAAAGAAGACAACCGGUGUGUGAAAGACGACCGUGUAAAUGAGCAGACUGUAGAAAAGCUGAAUGACCUCAUAAAGAAAGGUGAUGCGCAAUAUUAUGUUAAGGAGCAAAGUAAACACAAGGACUCUGGGAAACUGACCGGUAAACAGGUGAGUCAGCAUAAUGAAUGCAGUGUGAAAAGUCCAGGAAAAGAAAAUGUGGAGAAGAGAAAAACUUGUAAAUCAGGAACUAAAGCUGAGAAGAGUGAAGAUUAUAUCAAGGAUGGUUGUGCUGGAGAAGAAAGGUCCGACAGUCAACAGCUGAUGACUGAGAACUUGUGUGCUGAAUUUGAGGAAGCUGGAAAUGAAGAAGCUGGAAGUAAAGAGGAAGAAUGUGACGCUGACAAAGAAGUGAAUGAAAACAACAAGGGAGGACAAAGCAAAUGUUUUGUUCGUGACAAGAACGUGAGUUUGGAGGAGGAGUCUGAAAGCAGUGAUCUGGAGAGCGAUGAGGAAAUCGAGUAUUUUGUUAGCGAGUCGAGCCAGGGUGUAACAAAGCGCGAUGAACUAGAAGGCGACAAAUUAGAGAGAGAUGAUAAAUGGAAAACAUUUUUCAUGUACCAAGAUGAUGAGAGCAAACCGGUGAGGAAUGACGGACACACGUGCUCGGAAGGAGGACCGACGUAUAAGAUGGAGCUAUACCCCAAAAGAAGAAUUUCAUUUAUGGCUGAACAACAUUCAGAGAAUGCAGUAUUGUUAAAUGUAGAAAGCACUGAUGAAGCUGACCAAGAGUACACCAAGCACAGAGAAAACAACGGCUCUGCUGAGCAAAUUUUGAAGUACAGUCCUGAUCCAUAUGAAACUGGAGGGUAUGAUGAGGAUUACCAUGGUAGCAUGAGCAGCCUUACAGCAAGCAAUUUCACUUCUGGUUAUGGAACCUAUAAAGCAGACUCGCCUAAAGAUGACCUGGAUGUUAGAAAUGAUUGCAGUCUGUUUGAAUUGGAGUUAGACCCUGAAUACCCUCAAGAUGACCCCAAUCUGUCCUGGUAUCAAGACUGGCUUUCUUCAGACAUGGCUGAGCAACAAAGUCCUCCAGUGUCACCAAACAGAGGCGACUGGACCCCUUUUGAUUCUCUUAUUCCCAAUGAUAGCUCUGUGUAUAAAUGCACUGACAUUGUUCAAUGCACAACAUAUGAGAACAGAUUGAGAUCUAUUACUCUUUGCUCUGAGGAUUCCCAAAGAAUUCCUCUUUUUGCAGAAAGGGUUGAUCUUCCUGCUAGCGAAGAGAAAGCCACAACUAAUGUUUAUCACCUGGUCACUGGCACAAAAGAGCAAAAUGUGGCAUUUAACAGCGAAGACCAUAAAGACCAUGAAACGUUUCCUAUGUGCAGCAAUGAUGCAUUUGAUACAAGAUUUAAUAAAUGUAUGACGACAAUUCAAGAUCACAGAACUGAAGAUGGACAUGCAAAGGAAGGUUUCAGGACAACAAAGCAAGUGAAGUCACAGCUAUUUGGACAGCCAGUAAGUGAGCUGGAAGAGCGCUUAGCACAACUACAUGUGUCAGUUCUGCACCAGCGACAUGAACAGUACUCUGAAAGUGAGGAGACCAGCAGCUACAGUGACAGACACAGUUCCACAUCAGACGAACUUCCCAGUGCUUUUCAGGCCUACCUCAAAGGCAUGACAAGAUCGCGCAGUGAGAAUGACCUCAGACCUCGUCCCAAAUCCUUUAUUCGCCCACUUAUGGAUCACCCCCACACAAGGAACCUGAAAAAAACAGAUCCUGUUGCAAAGUAUUUCCAGUACAAGCAGGAUUGGGAGAUGUUUAAGGCCCCUGGAGAGAAACGCAGAAACGAGCUACACUGGGCCAUCAGGGAACAACUCGCUUAUCAACCUCCACCUCCAAAGCCUCAGAGAACAUAUGUCCCAAAUACAUACGUGGUGCCUACAGAGAAGAAGCGUUCUGCUUUACGAUGGGAAAUACGACAUGAUUUAGCAAACGGCACCAUUCCUACAAAAGUAACCUACAUGUAGCGUGGCUUAAGCGAAUGACUAACGUGCAUGCCACAUAUAUUGUGACAGUAUCUAUUUAUUAAUGCAUGUUUCCUCUGUCCUGUGAGUAGAAUGAUGAAUUUAAUGACACACAUUAGUGUUUAUGAAAUAAAUGUGUUUUUUAAUAGA